AUGCCUUAUCGUCAGCACCAUUAUUAUCGUGCGCCUAGUGCGCACGAAACGUUGACUCUUCAUAAUUUACCAUUGACCGCAACUCUGACGUCGAACGGCGAAGACGAGCUCGCUGCGGAGGCGGACGAACCCCCGGACGAGCCGCUUCAUUUUGGUCGUCUUGCCGCUUGGAAUCCCCACGACGCUCAUUUCGUUGCUCACUGCGCUUAUGUCAAGUCGAUUCCGUCACAGCAAGCCGACCGACGAGAAUCGUUGUUGACCCGUGCUCUUCUGACGAGCCCAGACAAUGUUGCCGAUGAGGCACACCUCCCAUCCGUGUCCCACUUUUCUCGAGCCUCGCGAACGGCGUCCACCUGGAGCAAUGCGAGCGCCGCCUCGACCGCCGAUCUGACGAGUGACGGAGGCCUUACCAGCCCAACAAGGACAAAUUCUCCUAGCCCGCCGCAACCUCCCUCGCAUUUGCACCGCGUAGGCUCCCCCAAAGCUGCCCUGCUGAAUAAACUUCAUGCUGGAGCCGACCCCAAUCAUCCCCGUCUUUUGCCGUCAACUACGGACACCAGUGAGCAUGAGUCAGCUGUCGAGGCUGGUCUUGGUCGCAAGCGAUGCAUCACAUUUGCUUGUGGCAGAAAAUCCCCAGCAUCAGACAGCCAGAGCCAGGCAGGUGUGAAAAGCGAUGCUGGGAACACUUCCAAGGACAGUAAGCUGGCACAGCAACCUCAACCUCAACCUCAACCCCAGCCUCGUCGGUGCAUGAUCAAAUUUGUGUGCAACUCGCGAUCCGAUUCGCCGCAGACCAACACGCCUUCCCCCGCACAUCAACCGUCGCCUGACCUCGGCGCACGGGAGUCAAUGACCGAGAGUCUGCAACCCCCCCAGUCACCGAGCAGCCGCUCGCACCGGGAUUCGGAUUCGACAGUGCGAAAUGAAUCAACUGGCAGUGCAAUUCAGAUUCCUUCUCCGCUGCAAAAACCAUCUACCCGUUCUGAUCCCGGUCCUGAAAAACCCGAAGGAAGUCGUUUUCAUGAAUUCGCAAGCUCCUUUGAUGAAGAGGAUGACUGGGUGAAUGAAUCUACUGUGCAUAAAGAACGACUGACGGUCAAUGAUACUCUGAAAAAGGAAAAUGCCAUUAGGAAAAUGGGCGAGGAGGUUGAACAAGAAGCUGAAGACGAAGCAAAUGAUGAAGAUGAAGAUGAAGAGGAUGCGGCUGACGAAGAUGAAGUCUCUGACUUUUCUUCUUCCUCCGAGGACGAGGAUGAGGACGAGGACGAGGACGUGGUUUCCGAGGGUGGAAAUGAAACCGAUAAUGAGGAAGGAUUUGCAGAGUCUGAUGAGGAGAGCGAUGCUGCGUCUGACUACCAAUUCUGGACACCGACCGUGAAGAAUGUUUCUUCUACUGCUCAUAUCGAAAUGAUUCGUCCAAGCCCUAGGAGAAGCGCGUCCGAAUCAUCUCUUGAGUCUCAUCAAAGUCCGCGGCAAACUGCCGAAAUGAAGGCCCAGCUGGCCGAGAAGACCAAGGAUCUUGCCAAGGCUCGAAGACGAUCUCGGGCUAUUGCACGCCAAGAUACGCCCGAGCUUCCUGAUAGCACUGAUUUUGUCUGCGGUACUUUUGACGAGGACCGACCCCUCGAGGCAGCCUAUGUUUCUUGUCUGGAAGAGCGAAAACGUGCCAAAUACGCUCCUGUGCCUCAGGACAUUGACCCUAGCUUUCCCUUGUCUGACCCGGACGAUGAAGAUGAUGACGAGUCUGAAGAGGAGGUUGUCGACCGCGGCCGACGCGGUAGCCGUGGCAGAAACUCACCAAAAGGCCAAGGGGUAGUCGCGAAGAAAGUCUCCCCUCGAGACUCUCCCAAGCGCCUCCGUUCGCCACCUCCGCCGCCAAGGCGUAAUGUUUGCCGCUCGCCUCCACCUGCGCGCAACCUCUUCGCUCAUUCGCCGCGUCGUCUACGAUCGCCGCCUCCGGCUCGCCAUCUGAGGUCGCCUCCCGCUACGCGAACAGUCUCCCCUGGUCCCCGGGUCAGGACUCCAGAUGGUUGCCCUGCCUUUGGUGGACACCAAUUGACUCGUACAAAGUCUCUCCCCCGAACACCGAAUCCUUUCCGGUACUAUGAUCGAGAAUUGCAAGCCGCCAUUGCUGAGCCGCUGUCUCCACCGGGCACUGAACUUCGCGCUCGCCGUGCCAUUGACAUUGUCAAGGGCCUGGAGAAGAAACGACAGCGGCGUAAGCAAAAGUUUUGGCAAAAACACUAUCGUCAUGCGGGAAAAGAAAAGGAAAAGAAACCCCAGCCUGGAAAAGGCCUAGAGAGGAUGCGGGAGCUAGGCUUGGAGAUGGCAGGUAAGGGCAAGGGGGCAUGGUUUGGUCAUAACAACCCACAGUACAUGCUCUCAAUUUAG